AUGUCAAGAUUUAUCCUUCAAAUUGCUGCAAUGGUGUGCCUGCUUAUUUUCCUCAGCGGGAAAUGUUUGGCAUCCGUACGACUAACCGUAGUGGGCACUUUACCACCAAAUCCUGACGAUCCCUACUACCAGAGUAAGUUUUUCUUUUAAGUUCAUUGUAGAUAUGGGGAGUCAAAUUUUGGGAGUUGUGUACUCGAUUAGCGACGUACCAGUUGACGUGCUCGGUGACUCUCAGUAGAAACCUUUAUUGACGCCAGCUAUUUUCAUAUCGUUCGUGUGAAUGCAUUCGACGCUCUACCGAUCAACUUUCAUUUGAAAGUUAAUUAUUAAACUUAGAAAACUGUAUUUUUUCUUUUUCUGUGUUUAGCCAGGGGCAUCGGGGACAGGCUAGAUAUAGACAGAGAUCAUUUUGUCAUAAGCUGUUGAUCAACAACCAAGCGAUACUCGGUUACAUCCUAAUUUACACGAACGCCCACUUUUCGACUUAAGUCUGGACCGUUCUUAUUUUCUGGACAGUCUCAGUAUGGAAAUGUUUUUACGAAUGUUCCUAAAAUUUCAAUGACGGAAACCUGAUAACUUUUUAAUAAGCUACAUAUAGACAAGACUACUAUAUGUUACAAAUUGUAAUCUAAGUGCGGCGAGUAGAUGUUGUGUAAUGCUACAUCAUAACCUACAGUAACAAUAAGAAAAAUGGGUUUCAAUGGGGGGCUGUGUAAUUUCAGCAACUAUCAAUUAUAAAUAAGCAACAAAAAAAAUUGGCAUCAACCAGGGGCACGCAACGAAAAUAUUAAGUUCAAAACCACUUAAAAUAGCAUUGUUAAUCGUAUUUUAGUACUUAAACGGUAGAUAUAGGGAUAUUUUUAUCCCCUAAAAAAACCUUACCUUUUCGAAAAUUUCAGCCAGAAAAAAGGCUCCCGAAAAUUCUAGGUGACCUUUUUAGGGCAAAAAUCCGUUAAAAAUGGGCACUGAAUUAUACCAUUUUUUAGAUGUUCGAAAAUCCUAGGAGAGGCAUGCAAGCAAGAAAUUUUACAACAAUGUUCCGAAAAUUCUAGAUCUCAAAUUGUCUUCCGAACAGAUAUUUUCCAAAAAUUGACGUUGGGUGUCCCUGAUCAACUUUCAUAAUGCAACCACCUCCCUCCAAAAAAUGCGAAAAUGAUAGAGCAUGACCGUGGACAAGACUACGUGCUAUGUAGCCCCAAGGGUUAUAGGGGCAAUAGCUACGAAGUGGCAGGGUAUUCUACGUAUAGCCGCGUAGCCACCGAACGAAAAGGAAAAAAAAAAGACAAAGAAAAGAAGACAAAAAAAAAAAGCCUGCGCCAGCGCGCCCUGUUUUCAUUUGGUCAAGCUAUUUCAUUGCAUUUAAAGAACUCUCGUCGACGAGUAAGCUUAUGUUAUGUACAUGUAGCUCGAUUUUCGUUCAUAUCUUAAGGUUAAUAUACCAAAUCGCUUUCAGGCAUUUGCUGUCAACCUUUGGAGGUUUUUCAAUUUUUUCCGUAGACAAUAAGACAUCAACACCUGACGUUUUCAAUAGCAGCCCGUUUAUCCCUCGCGGGAAUUUUGAGACAAGUUAAGUGAUGGUCAGUUUCUGUGGUUACGAGAUAUGACGUCAUUAGUAGCAGGUGGUCAAAUCAUUUUUUAAUGAUACAAAGUGCUUAAUUCUUUAUGUGCUAUUUUACAUAUCGACAAAAAUAGUUACCAUUUAUUUCGAUUUUAACCUGAUUUCUUUUCCUGGUAAAAUCCAAGAUGGCGAUCAUUAUUGGUGACGUCACUGGCCUCCAGCAGCGCCAUCACCCGUAAAAUAUACCUCAUCUUGUUGAGAAGAUCAAAGACUUUCCUCUAAAGGAAAAAUCGUUUCGAAACACUGCAACAUAUCAAAAAUUCUGGGGGGGGGGGGGGGGUUUUUUAACCCCCCCCGCCCUUUUACCGGGGGGGGGGGAUGAAAUUUCAUUUUUUGCCGGGGGUUAAAAAAAUGAGACUGGGAAAGGGGGCGGUGGGGGAAGGGGGGGAAAUCUGGGGGUGCGCCGACUUUUAAAAAAAAAAAAAAAUUUUGUGUUGACGAAAGCGAUGCAAGUUGUUCUUGUGUUGUUUGCUUGUAGGCCCUGUCUCCUCUCUUUCUCUUUAUAUAACUUAAUGUAGAGAAAAAAAAAAAAUCAUUAAAAAAAAAAAAAAACUUACAACAAACCAAAACAAAAAAGUAGGAGGGGGGGGGGGGGGGGGGGGGUCUAUUAACCUCCCCGGCCCUUAUACCGAGAUGGGGGUAUGAAAUUGCAUUUUCGUCCGAGGGUUAAAAGUACUUUUGCUUUCGAAAUUCAUUGCAAAAAGGGCGGCUAAGGUGUAAAUACUGAAAUGAAGGCUUAGCCAAGUGUAACUGACUUAUCACUUCCUAUCAAGUAAGGCAUAAAAAAAUCAUUAUGAUUUUAAAAUUCCAUUCGCAGGGUUUCAAACGGUUCCUCCCGCUAACAAAACUGCAACUAAGCUCCUGACUAACUUUUUGAGCAUCCCUGGGAAACUUUCACAUGGGCGCCGCAAUGGACGAAUUUCUUUUGAAGAUAUUGUGGUUGUUCUGGAUGGUUCCGGGUCGAUUGGUAGCUGUGAAUUUAAAAAAGGAAAGAAAGCUCUUAAACACAUGAUGAAAUUGGCAGAGAACACCCCGAACGUAGAUACCAAGUACGCUGCAGUUUCUUAUUCCACUAACGCCGUAGUUGACUUCACGUUUUUGCCAUACUCUACGGCGGCGAAUGACAUAAUGCAGAUUCGUUAUGAAGGUGGGGCUACCAACACAUAG